AUGGCCCCUCGCCGAUCGCGUGUCGCAGCGCAAGCUGCCUCGGAUGCAAUUCACGCGCCUGAUGAGGACGUCGACGGUACCCCGCAGGAGCCCGCCGACGACGAAGAGGAGGAAGAUGUCGCGACCCCCGCCCUCGACGCCGACGAUGCCGACGAGCGCGCUUCAGAACACUCUUCGCCCGUCAUCGAGCAAAUACCGCGAAAACGCCGCUUGGGACGCCCCCCAAAGAAUCGCCCCCCAGACUGGGACAAUGCCGAUGCCACCAGCGGCAACGCGUCUGAAAAAGGAACGCCCGCGAAGCGUCGGCGUGGCCGUCCAUCAACUGGCGGCUUUAGAGGGCGACCGAGAGGAGGCCCAUCCCACGUCACACGCGUACCCAUCGACAAGGAAGGAAACAUGAUGGAGGUUGUUGAUGACGAGGUCGCGCUGCCAGAGGACCCAGAAGGCGAAACAAAGGUGGACAAGUUGGGUAAUCUCCAGGGCGGUCGUGACUACAGAGUUCGCGUCUUCACCAUCACCGGAAGAGGCGACAGGCUCUACAUGCUGUCUACGGAACCAGCCAGGUGCACGGGCUUUCGCGACAGUUACCUCUUCUUCACCAAGCAUAUGCAGCUCUACAAAAUUAUUGUGGACGAUUCAGAGAAGCGGGACUUGAUUGCUCGCGAAAUUAUCCCACAUUCUUACAAGGGUCGCGCUAUUGGCGUCGUCACAGCUAGAUCUGUGUUCAGGGAAUUCGGAGCGCGCAUCAUCAUUGGUGGCAGGAAGAUCACCGACGAUUACUACGUCGCCGCUGCACGCGAAAGAGGCGAUGUAGAAGGGGAGCUGGCGGAUCCAAACGACAGGCUACCUCCUCCGGGUGAACCAUACAACAAGAACCAGUAUGUCGCAUGGCAUGGAGCUAGUGCCGUCUAUCAUACAGGCGGACCGAGUGUACCAAUGCCGAACGGCAAGGUUGUUCCGGGCAAACGGAAAAUCAACAUUACGUCAGCAAAUUGGCAGUUCGAACAUGCCCGUGCUGCAAGUCGGUUCAACUCAAAUCUUGUUGCAGUCCGUCGUUUGAACGUAGACGGCAUCUACGAUCCUCACACAAAUCAGAUGCAUUAUCCCAAGAUCAUGCAGCCUACGCAUGCUCGGUGGGAGCAAUUACCAGUAGCACCUGACGCUUCUGAUAAUGAAGCUGUCUUGGAGGAGCCACAACUCACCAAUGGAGCAUCUAAUCUCCCCAAUGGCGUAGAUGAGGCUGACGGAACCAUAAAUGCGCCCCUUCAGGAGUCUGGCGGCAGCAGCUUAUACCCAGUGCCCUCCAUCGUGGCCCGUAAUUUCCUCAUCACCGACACCUACUUUGAGUCGCCCCCUCUCUCUGGACUUGGCGUACCUGGCCCUGAUGGUGAUUUCCACGAUACUGGUUUGAAUGGACUGGCGAACCUGCCCGAAGACAUUUUGGCAGAGCUGCCAACAGAAUGCCGAAAGGCUCUGGAAGAUGCCAAGGAUGAGGAAAGAAAGUGGAAAAGUCGUUGGCAAACAGAGAGUGUCGAUGGCUGUAGGAAGGACCUCCAUAUAGGCUUCACAGGUGUCCCGGUAUGA